AUGCAAAAGCUACAGGGAGUCUACAUCAACAAGCUCAAAUUGGAGGACUUCAAUAUCACGGAGUUGCAAGCCUCGUGGUUUGCCAACAGCUUCAACGAAAUAGAGACAAUCGACGAGGAAUAUCUGUACGGCUUACCCGAACUCCGCCAUGUGUCGUUGUCGCACAAUAGUAUACACAUGUUACCGCCAAACCUUUUCAUAAAAACAAGAUUGCUGAAGGAAGUGGAACUUCAAGUUAACCGCAUUUCUUCUAUAGAAGGAGCGUUCAAUGACCUACCCCAAUUAGAGGUUCUUCUUCUGAGCCAGAACAACAUCAGUGAUACGGACACCAUAGCAAGAUCCACUUUGCCGAAUUUGAAGGAACUCGCCCUCGGACAGAAUUGCAUAAAAGUUAUUACCAAGUUUUCAUUUCGUAAAUCUCGAAUUCGACGUGUCGACUUGAGCAAUAACGCCGUGACCGAUAUAAUGCCGGGAGCUUUCAAGCUACUCGACCAGCUGACCAAGCUAGACCUAAAAAAUAAUAGCAUUUCAUUCUUAAACGACUCCUAUUUUGCACAUGAUUCGAUUCUGGAACACAUAGAUAUUUCUAUGAACAGGCUAACGACGCUUUCGAAGGCAUUCAAUUGGACGCGAAAGAUUGAGGUAAUGAAACUAUCGUUCAACAAAAUUCUGGACAUCAGCGAUGCCUUCAGCGAACUGACAGAGCUCCGUGAGCUCUACCUGAGGGGCAAUUUAAUUUCUUGCAUUCAGCCCCGCACUUUUCAAGGCAACGUUCACCUAAUACACAUAGACUUGGAUUUAAACAAUAUCAGGUGGAUUGCAAAGCACGCAUUUGAAGGCCUUUUGUCUUUAAGAAGAUUGCACCUCGACAGAAACCUACUGGUUUCCCUCAACGGUUCAGUAAGAAAUCUGCCUCAAUUGCAAUAUCUGGGUGCGUCAUUCAACGUUAUAUCGAGCUUGGAAAAAUGGGAGUUUGGCAAUAUCAGCGCUUUGACUGCCAUUUAUCUCGAGGGGAACAACAUCAGCAACGUGGAAGGGGCUUUCAUCGGUGUGACUGGCCUGCUUUCCUUGAACCUAGGCAAUAAUCAAGUGGAACUCCUCCGAAGAAGUGACUUUGCGCUGGAAAUCUCGGGCUCUGUGGCGGUUCGGGAUGCCAGCAACAUCGUUUGUGCAAGAAACUCCAACCUUCUCGUGUCUCAAAAAAAAUUCGUUACAUUGGGACAGAAAGACCUCUGCCCGCCCGCGAUACCAAGAGGAGUGGUGUACCUCCUGCUGGCUUUCGGUCUCCUGGCGAUCACAUUAGCGCUGUUGGCCGCUUAUCUACGCUACAAGCAGGUGCUGAAGAUGUGGCUACGUGGUCGUGGCGUGUGUGGUUUGGCGUGGGGCGUCGCGGAGGACGAGCUGGACGCGGAUAAGCUGUUUGAUGUGUUCGUGUCGUUCAGCAGCAAUGACGCCGACUGGAUACACGAAGAAAUCAUUCCGCGACUGGAGGCCAGUGGCUUCGCCUGCUGCACUUACGAGCGCAAUUUCAAGGGCGGCUUCCUUCUGCAGGACAUCAUUCACGAUGCUGUGGCGUGCUCACGGCGGACACUUCUUGUUCUCACGCAGAACUUCUUGGCAAGUGACUGGUGCCGCUUGGAGUUCCGGUUGGCACACCAGCGUGCUCUGCAGGACAACGUCAAUCGGCUUGUCAUUGUCCUUGUGGACGAGCUGGUGCUUGGUGCACUUGAUGAAGACCUGCGGCUGUACGUGCGUGCAGCGAACUACCUGCGUUGGGGUGAGCCGAACUUCUGGGACAGGCUGCUGCACUCGCUUCCCACGAAAGAAGCUGAAAGAAAGCUCAUCAUCGAGGGAGUGCCAUCGCAGCUUCCCGCAAGCGGCAGUGGCGACAUCGAGAUGAAUAGCUUUUUAGAUGCAACCAUAGAAUGA